AAAGAAAAAAAGAAAAAAAAAGAUUAAUUAAUUCGUUUAUAAUAUUGCAACGUGUUUUUACAAUUGAAACAUGCGCACAAGUAUCAUUAUUAUCAUCAUAUAGCGACUUUGCAUACGGCUAACUUUAUUACGAUUCUCAACUGACUGUAUUUUACUGUGGUGAGACCACCGUGGGUGGUGGUAAGCGGUUAUUAAACGUGUGUUCAGGUUUUUGUAUUAGUAUAUCAAAAGUGUUAUUAGUAACAAAUUAACGUUGUAUGAAGAAUAUAUAAUUGAUGCAGAAGAAGGGCAUCAAUAAAAAGCGGCCACUAACAUAAAGUUUGCAACUAAAUCAAUUCGAUUUGCAUGUAUCACGGCCAAAGAGCCGUAAAUUGCUGGUUAAUGGACUCAAACGCGUUUACCGGCUAUGUCAACUACGUGUAAAAUAUUUUUUAAUAUAAUGAGCGCAUGGAAAUUAUUACAACGACGAUGUUACGAUAUUCUUUCGUAUAAGUAUUCGCUCCUCGUAAUACUAGUAGCAUUUACGUGCAUAUUCAUCGGUAUUAUACAUUUUGGAGAGGUUUGGUUGGCAUGGAGUAAAGAGAAAUAUGAAGCUGUUUUUCAUUCCUUUAAUGAUAAUAUAUUAGGAAAAUCUUUUCAAAAAAAAUUAUGUCAACAUGUACCUAUAGAUGUAGUAUAUACUUGGGUGAAUGGAUCCGAUCCAAAUUUUAUAAAAAGUCUUGAAAAGCAUAUUCCUAUUACCGAUAGUAAUACAAUUUCUUCGAGAUUCAGCGACAAAGAUGAAUUAAGAUAUUCUUUAAGAUCAUUAGAAAUGUAUGCACCUUGGGUAAGACAUGUUUACAUUGUCACCAAUGGGCAAAUUCCAAGUUGGUUGGAUAUGGAUAAUCCUAGGAUGACUCUUAUUACUCAUGAAGAUAUUUUUCUGGACAAAAAUCAUUUACCAACUUUUUCUAGUCCUGCUAUUGAAAGUCAUAUUCAUAGAAUACCCGGUAUCUCUGAUAAGUUUUUAUAUUUUAAUGAUGAUGUAAUGCUUGGCGCAGAAGUAUGGCCAGAGGAUUUUAUAACUCAAGCAGGUGGUCAGAAAGUGUAUCUAGCAUGGUGGGUUCCUGAUUGUUCCGAUAUUUGUCCAUGGGCAUGGGUAGGAGAUGGAUCGUGUGAUCUUGCAUGUAAUACAACUCUAUGCGAAUUUGAUGGCGGAGAUUGCAAUUCUACUUCAUUAUCCACCGAUAGUGAGCCAUUCGAGGAGGAAAGUGAUUAUCCGUAUAAAUAUUUACAGAUUGUAGGUGAAAAAAAUAAAUCUAGUACUGUGUCAUUUAAUAAUUCUGAAAUAAAAAAUAGUAGUACUACAGUUGCAUGGUUGCAUACUGUAGCAAUGACUCAUAGAACAUCAAAAUCCAAAAAUUAUAGUUCAUCUGCAAAUAAUCUUACAAAACUUUUUGAUAUCAAGGAACAUAAUGAUAAUAGUAAAACAAUAAAACUAAGUGACACUAAUGACAUACCUGAAAGUAUAUUUGGAAAUUCUAAUCAUACAAAACUACAUAUACAAUUUAAACGCUACCUCAAUGAUGAUAUCAUUAAUCUAGUACAAGGAAAUAACAGUAUGAAGUCAAAUAAAUUGAAGUAUAGUGAUCAAUGGAAACAUAAAAAGAGACAGCUUGAUACGUAUGCAGAAUCCUUGCUGUAUGUUAAUAAAAUAUAUAAUAUAAUUUAUGGCUUCGAUAGAAGAAAAGUUCCAGCGCAUAUGCCUCACUUGAUAGACAAAUGGAUUGUUAAUAGUAUGCAAAGAAAGUUUGAGUCUGAUUUUAUAAAAACUUCUAGUCAUAAAGUGAGAAAUGCAGAGGAUAUGCAAUUUGCAUUCUCAUAUUUUUACUUUUUAAUGAAUGAAAAUCUUUAUAUACCAGUUGAAGAUAUAUUUGAUAAGUUUGAUACUGAUAAAUCAGGAACUUGGUCAGAUAGGGAGAUACGAACACUUUUAUCCAGACUAUAUCCUUUACCAUUAGAUUAUAAUUUGGUUGUAGAAUUUGAAAAUUCUAUCACGAAUUGUUCGAAAUAUUUGAAACUCACGGAAAAUGUUAAGGCACCACCUGGUGAAAGAUACUUGGAUUCUACGCUUCCUGUAGUGUCUAAAGAGUUAAUAUCAAAUUGUGAUUGGGUCGCAUCCAAAAUUGAGGCAAGAUUUGGCGAAUCCAAACGUUAUAAGCACGAAGUUAUAAAAGCUGGAAAAAAUGAGAUAUUUGAAAUGUUAACAAGUAACGUGUCUCUUACUGUACAGCUUUUGGAUGAGAUUAGACGUGAUCCAAAAAAGUUUAUAUGUUUAAACGAUGAUAUGGAUCCUUUACGUCAUUCCGAAAAUGAAAUCGUUCGAGCACUAUUAAAUGAUUUUUAUCGUUCCUUGUAUCCUUUAAAAAGUACAUUUGAACUACCUCCGCAAUUCCGUAAUCGAUUUUCUUAUCGUGAAGAACUUAUUGAAUGGCGUGCAAAUCGAACAAGAACAAGAAAUUUAUUAUUAAUACUCAUAGUUUUGUUAUUGAUCAUUACUCUAUAUCAUUUAUCAUAUUAUCAUAUACGAAGAAUUUUUAGAAUUCGCACACUGCCCACUCUUCUUAUAUAAUGAAUAUAAUAUUUCACUGAAAUCAUUUAUACAAAUAAUUUAAAUAAUAGAUGAAGAAAGAAGAGUCGGUUAAAUAUAUACAAUUCGACGGUGUAUUUAUAGGAAAGUCUUACCUUCAGUCAUAAGAAUUAAUCACAUUUUAACUCAGGAAAAUAUUAUUAUUAUACAUGUCCAUGUGCAAUUUUUUAUUUUUAAGAUAUUUACAUAUUAAAAAGAGUAAGAGAGAGAGAAAGAGAGAGAGAGAGAGAGAGAGAGAGAGAGAGAGAGAGAGA